AUGCUGAAGCAAGUCAAGUCAUCUGUUAACACCUUGAAUAAAAGUAAGAAGAAAGCGUUGCUAUCUUCUCUCGAUGAACUUGGGGAACGCAUGCCAUCUCUUCUCGAGAUCGUUGAUCCAUGUGCACUAAGGCAAAUUGCAGAUGCUCGCAGCUCUGUCGAGGUAUUUCGUUUUUCAUUUCUCACUUGGCCUCACCUUGAGUAA